CCCAAUGCGACAUUUAGGAAAGACUAGAUAUACCAAGAGCCAUGGCAUGGACCCCGGAAACACUGAUAAGACACCUCAUACGAGCGAGGCAUGCCAUCGGCGUCUCCCGAAGUCAAAGAAUAAAUCUGCAACAAAAUCUUCUUUUUAUAAGAGCACUCGCUAGCUCAGCCUACAAGUCAUCGAUCAUCUUGACCUAACUGUCUUUAUGUACUUAGUCCUACAAUUGUCUACCACUACUCGCCACAAAUGUCUUGCCAAGGCGAAACUAUUGUCAUUGUUGGCGCUGGAGUCAUAGGACUAUCCACAGCCCUUCGAGUCCAAGAACAAACUCUUUCGCAGAACAACCCACCAUCCAUAGUCAUCGUCGCACGAGACUUUCCCAACGAGACAUCCAUAAACUAUGCUACGCCAUGGGCCGGCGCACAUUAUCGGCCAUGCCCAGGGAACACUCCCCAACUACUUCAAGAAGCAGUAUGGGCGAAGAAGACAUACGAUACUCUUGACAGUUGGUCUGAGAAAGACAAACUCGCCGCUGGUGUUGAAUUCAUGCCAGGAGAAGAGUUCUUCGAAAGCCCAACGCCUGAAUAUGUCGAUGUUACCAAGGAUGUAUCCCAGUCGGCGUAUGCUCACCUCGAAUCGAGCUUUGAACUUUUCAGCGGCAGUGAAUUGAGUGCUAUGAGUGACUCCCUGCAACUGGGUUUUCGUUACCGGACAUAUUCUCUCAAUAGUCCUUUGUAUGCUUCGUUUUUACAGCGCAGAUUUCAGAAUAGAGGAGGUCGUGUAAGACAGUACACACUUGCAUCACUGGAAGAGGUCUUCUCGAUUGAAGCCUCUGUCUCUGUUGUGAUCAACUGCUCGGGCAUGGGAUUUGGUGAUCCAAAAGCAUUUCCCAUCCGUGGCCAGACAUGCCUUGUGCGGAACCCAAUUUCGAAGACCGUAACACGUCAGAACUCGGAUGGCUCGUGGUCAUUCGCUAUUCCUCGACCUUUAGAAGGCGGGACUAUCAUUGGAGGCACCAAAGAGCCCCAUAAUUGGAACCCUUAUCCUUCAGCUGAGACACGGCAGACUCUGCUGAACAAUGCAGCAAAAUGGUUUCCUUUCGACAGUGAAGGUUAUCUAUCUUCUAAUACCAGGGACUCCGAUCGUUUUGAUGUCGUCAGAGACAUCGUUGGUCGUCGACCAGCACGCGAAGGGGGCCUUCGACUAGAACUGGAGCGCCUGAAGCCAGGUGUUGUCGUUCAUGCGUAUGGUGUUGGUGGUAGAGGUCUUGAGCUAUCAUGGGGCAUCGCAGACGAGGUUGUUACUUUGCUUCACAAGCAGAGCUAUUUCUUCUUACGAGCGCAUUUGUAAAAAUCCCAAUUCUAAUCAGAAGUCUGCUCCUUGACUUGCUGUAUUGGAGGGGCAAGAUUUUUGCGUCUUUUAUGAUAUCAUAUCAUUAGGCUGAUCUCAAUCACGAAGAUGGAUCCAAGUGCGACUAAUUCAGUCAAAGGAUAAUAGAAAUUUCAUUACGCUC